CUUCUAUCACUUCUACCUUGUCGGUUCACACACAGGACCAUGAGCAUGUUUGCGUCCAAAACUGCAUUUGACGCACUCGAUGUCGAUUUUGGCGAAGAGAGUGAAGAAGAGACCGUGCUGGAGGUGCCAGAAGUAACAAUGAAUCAAAGUCCCCCUGAAGGGCCCACUAAAUUGACUAAAACUGCGAUAAAGAAGGCCGCAAAGCUCGCUCGUCGUGAAGCAAAACAACAGAAGUCCUUGGCAAAGAGCAGAGACGGUUCUCCAUCUCCUGCACCACCACAAACUCCGCCACCGACUGAGGCGACGGUGGCGACGGAGACCCCCUCUAUUCCUGCUACUAAUCCCCUAAAAGAGUAUCCUAUCGUCGAAGAAGUCGUCUCCCAAAAGCCUGCCCCAUCCGCCGUAGUCGAACCAGAGCCUGAACUCAAAGUCCCGCCCCCACUCACCGUGUCGCGACCAGGGAAAUCCACACCAGUUAAUGGUAUUGCCAAGCCGACGUCUCCAGUCGUAGAUCAUACCGAACCAGAAGAGCCGCCCCAAGUAAUCCUGCCCCCAAAGGCCGAGCAACUCCAGCCACCUACAAAAUUAGAGGCCGCAGACCCUGAAGAAGCAAAGAAGAGGCAGAAUGUCGUUACGCGGACUGUGUGGACGCUCAUCAUGAUUUUCGGAUUCAUUGGAUUGUUACUCAUGGGUCAUGGCUAUAUGAUUCUAUUGGUUAUGCUUUGCCAGACCCUCGUUUACAGAGAAGUAACGGCUCUCUUUUCGUUAAAGGCAUCGGAUAUCAAGGCGGCUGCUUCGUCGGAUAUAAAGGAUCCUUGGAGCAAAACCCUCAAUUGGUACUUCUUCGCCGUAACCAAUUACUUCCUCUAUGGGGAGAGUAUUAUUUAUUACUUCAAGCAUGUGGUUUUCGCCGAUGCGCAAUUGCUCCCCUUUGCUACGAAUCACCGAAUGAUCAGUUUUAUGCUGUACACUAUUGGUUUUAUGGGAUUCGUCAUGUCUCUCAAGAAGGGCUACCUCAAACAGCAAUUCGGACUGUUCUGCUGGGUACAUAUGACGUUGCUCUUCAUCGUCGUUUCGAGUCAUUUCAUUAUGAACAACAUUCUUGAAGGACUUAUAUGGUUUUUUGUUCCCGCAUCACUGGUCAUCUGUAACGACGUCUUCGCCUACAUCUGGGGUAAAACAAUAGGACGGACGCCUCUUAUUUCUCUGUCGCCUAAAAAGACUGUCGAGGGCUUUGUUGGCGCAUUUUGGACCACACUUCUUUUUUCUCUUUUGUGGGGCUCAUUCUUUAUGAGAUACAAGUACAUGAUAUGUCCUGUGCACGACUUGGGCGUCAGUGCUUGGAGUAACGUUACAUGCACACCCAACCCGGUUUUCGUAUGGAAGGAAUGGCAAAUCUGGACCCCAGUUGCCAGUGUCCUAUCUGCGUGUUUCGGCAUUUCGAUUACUAGUAUCCCCUACACGUUAUAUCACUUCCAUCUCAUGUUCAUGUCAAUCUUUGCGUCUCUUGUUGCACCAUUUGGAGGGUUCUUUGCGUCGGGAUUCAAGCGUGCCUUUAACAUCAAGGAUUUCGGCCACAGCAUCCCAGGGCAUGGUGGUAUGACAGAUCGUAUGGAUUGCCAGUUCUUGAUGGGUGUCUUCAUCUAUGUUUACUAUAGCAGCCUUAUCCGUGAACAUCAUGUCACGGUAGGUUCGGUGUUGCAGACGAUUGUAAGCGGGCUGACAGUGGGUGAGCAGCUUGAGUUGAUAGCCGAUAUGAAGCGAUAUCUGGAAGGGCAGGGUAUACGUGUAUCGUGCUAACCUGUAGACUGGGAUACAUAGUGCUUUCUUUCAAAAUAUUGCAUACUAUAUGCUUUGAACCAAAGAAUUGAUAAAUAGGUUGGGUAUUGCUAAGGUAUACUAGACUACAGUCCAUCUGCCCAUACCUCCAAAAGCCAUGGCUUUGCGGCCAUUGGCAUUGUUGAACCCUUGAACACCUAGCCCUUUCCCAUCCCUGCAAUCGCAUUGUGUAACGUAAUAGAGAGAAAGCUCUCCUCCUCCUCUAGGAAUAUACACAGUGGCGCUCCAACCGCCUUCUUCGUUCGCCUGCAUUGGGGUUCGCGUCUUGUCAGGAUUGCUGAUA